GCACAAUCCCUCUCUCCGAGAAAUUCCCCGGAUCAAAAAGGUGGAGAGUGAUGGAAUGAAUCAAACAUCUCAUAAGAGAAACUGGAAGUGAGAGUCCUUUAAAUUCUGCAUCAUAUUAUUUUACUGUUACUUGCUAGAAAAUUCCCUUAUAUCACACAUAAAAUGGCGUGGGAAGAACCUCGAAAGACUGGUAUGGUGUACCGCCGCUUGGGCAAUUCCGGACUACAUGUUUCGGCAAUUGGACUGGGAGGAUGGCUUACUUACGGUGGUCAUGUUGGCGAUGAGAGAGCAUUUGAGUGUAUGAAGCAAGCAUAUGAUCUUGGUGUCAACUUUUUCGACUCGGCUGAGAACUACACCGCGGGUAAAUCGGAAAUCGUGAUGGGAAAGGCCAUUAAGAAGUAUGGAUGGAAACGAAGUGAUCUUGUCAUCACCACCAAGAUCAACUGGGGCGCAGUCAACGGCGAGAUCCUAGUGAACAACCACGGGCUCUCACGCAAGCACAUCAUCGAAGGCCUCGAGGCAUCCCUGCAACGCCUCGACCUUAAAUACGUAGACAUUGUGUACGCCCACCGCCCCGACCGCCUCACGCCCAUGGAAGAAACCGUCCGCGCCUUCAACUACGUCAUCGACCACGGCAUGGCGCUCUAUUGGGGCACCUCAGAAUGGAGCGCCGACGAAAUCGCUGAAGCAAUCGGCAUCGCCAAGGACCUGCGCAUGAUCGGCCCCAUCGUCGAGCAGCCCCUGUACAACAUCCUCGACCGCCAAAAGGUCGAAGGCGAAUUCCAAAGGCUCUACCCGCGCUUCGGCCUCGGUUUGACAGUGUUCAGUCCCAUCAAGAUGGGGCUUUUGAGCGGGAAGUACAACGAUGCUGUCGAUGCGCCGCCUUCGGAUUCCAGGUUCGCUACGAGCGAGGAUGGCUUUGCUGAGUUUAUGAGGAAGCAGUAUGGGAAUGAGCCGUGGAGGGAGAAUAUCGCCAAGGUUAAGAAGUUGAAGGUGGUUGCGGAUAAAUUGGGGGUUACGCAGAGCCAGUUGGCGUUGGCGUGGUGUUUGAAGAAUCCAAACGUAACAAGUGUGAUUACGGGCGCCAGCAGGCCCGAGCAGAUCGUGGAGAAUGUGAAAGCGUUGCAGGUGCUGGAGAAGAUGACAGCGGAGGUUAUGGGAGAGAUUGAUGGGAUUGCGGGGAAUAAGGUUGAGUUGGAUCCGGCGAGGCAGAGUUAGAUGGGGUACGUAUGAUUGUAGGAGAAAACAUACUGGAGCUGGUUCGGACUUGGUCUCAUUUCAUCACAUGAUCCCCCGAGGGCAAGCUCAUGGUAUAUUCAUUUCUGUGCAGUGGAGUGGCAAUAUGGCUCGUCCACGUCGUAGGAACUCUUAAGACAAGUAACCCCUGGCUCAACUAGCUCAAGUAGAUAGGCGUCAACACCACCUACCCAU